ACCUGUCGAGCUCAGCUCAGCUCAGCAAACCACAGCCUCGCAGCCCUCGUCCCCCUGCACCGCAGCAACGCACAAAACCUUUGCUAGGAGAAACAGCAGCUGCGCCUACGCACCAUGGCCGCGUCUGUCCCCUGCGCCGGCUUCUUCUUCGACGCCGAGCCGGCCGGCGAGCCCAGCGCGCCGGCGCUGGACGCGUGCGCGCUGUGCGCCCAGCCGCUGGGGCGCGACAGCGACAUCUUCAUGUACAGAGGGGACACCCCCUUCUGCAGCGAGGACUGCCGCCACGAGCAGAUGCAGCUCGACGCCGUCAGCGCCAGGCGGGCCGCCAGGUCCGCCGGUCGGAGGCACCAGCAGUAUUCGUCGUCAGGAACGGACUCUCCUCGUAGGGGCCAGGAGUCCAGGAAGGUGUCCGUGGCGAGUUGACCGGCCAGAAGGAGCCUGGCUUGUGACUGAGCUGUUUGAUUCGUGCCAAGAAGAUUCGGAGAUCCGCUGAUCCGAUGGGGCAAAAGAUGGCCAGAAGUUCCAUUUCUCAGUCACGAUUCGUCGGGCUUGAGCAACGCGAUGACGCCUGUCAGAGCCGGAGAAGGGUCGUAAAAGUUCCAACUCUGCUUGGAUGAGACUCCGCCAUCUGAGCCGCCCACUGGCCACUAUGCAGUGGUAUUGCAAUAGUCGCUUUUGUGGGCGUUUGAGCCACAACGUAACACCACCGUGUACCUGUAAACACUGUUCACCGAGCAAAUUUUGAGGGAAACGAAACAAUCUCUGCGGAGAGCAACCAGUCUUGUCUGACGAAUAAUAGCCAUGAUAUGGCAUAUACUAUUUUACUGA